AACAACACCACAACAACAACAAAAAAACCCAACAAAAAAACUAAAAAGUAAAAAGCUAAAAAAAAUUAAAUAUAUUCGAAAUAUAUUUUUACGAUUUGAUAAAUUCCAUAAAAAUCGUCACAAUGAAUCGCAUUGACAGCACUAUGGACGACAUGGCCAACACCAGGUUCCUAACUCUCUACAAUAGUUUGAUAAAACAGUUUGCAGCCACCACUGAUUUCUCAUACAACGGGGUGCUCUGUCUACUCAUCGUCUAUUACAAGUUUGCCCAAGUCAACGGGGAGUCCUCGAAAUUGAUGACUAAGAAGCAGUUGCACAAUCUGUUCCUUGUUCUAUUCAGAAUCUAUGACAUAACAAUCAUCAAUCGUGUAUUGCUAAACAUAACUACAGAUGUGCGCUUCGUUAGUCCAGAGGCUUGGAUGCAAUUAUUCUCCGUCUACCUGACUGACAAACUGGAAGUUCGCAUGGAAUUUGCCUUCAAGGUAUACACCAAUUCUGGUGCUGGUGUGCUGAACAGAGAGCGUGUCGGAAUGGCUGUGGAGAAAUUUUUUACGGGCGAUGAUGAUGAUGAGAUUAAUGAAUUGCGAGCGGAUAUGUGCGAAUUUAUCUUUAAUAAGUUCGAUACUGACAAGGACGGCGUCAUAUCGUAUGAUGAGUACCAAUAUGUGGUUUCCAAUCAGCCAGCUCUAAUGGAGUUUUUGGGACAGGUGUUUCCCGAUGUAAAGGACUUGUGCCUGAUUGCAUAUUGCACCAAUAUUGAAGUUCUCUUUCCCAGCGAUUAACUCCAAAAACAAUGACAAUAAUGAAAUACUAUUUAUAGACAUGCCAGAACUAUGCAGAAUUAAACAAAGACUUUAAGGCCUAAUGGCAAAAAUAUUCUAAAACAAA